UCGGCGGCAUCAGACAGUUCGGGCCACUCGAUGCAACAUUGCUACGCGAAAUGAGCGCACGUCUUACGAGCGCGCCGCUUUUUUUAGCGUUCGCGGCCGCUUUUCUACCACACGCAAGCCCAGUUGAAGGCUCGGGUGGUGGUGGAAUGUUUGGAGAUGUCAAUAUAUCAGCAAUACUGGACUCUUUUAGUAUAAGUUACGAUAAAAGAGUAAGGCCCAAUUAUGGAGGACCACCCGUGGAAGUGGGGGUUACCAUGUACGUGCUCUCCAUCAGCUCUCUCUCUGAAGUGAAAAUGGACUUUACGCUGGAUUUCUACUUCAGACAAUUCUGGACGGACCCGAGGUUGGCAUAUAAGAAGAGGCCAGGGGUAGAAACAUUGUCUGUAGGCUCGGAAUUUAUAAAAAAUAUCUGGGUGCCAGAUACAUUCUUUGUCAACGAAAAGCAAUCGUACUUUCAUAUAGCAACUACUAGUAACGAAUUUAUACGCAUUCAUUAUUCGGGAUCUAUCACGAGGAGUAUCAGAUUGACGAUUACAGCAUCCUGUCCCAUGAACCUUCAAUACUUUCCAAUGGAUCGGCAAUUAUGUCACAUCGAAAUAGAGAGUUUCGGCUACACCAUGCGAGACAUCCGUUACAAAUGGAAUGAGGGGCCCAAUUCAGUGGGCGUCUCCAGCGAGGUGUCUCUCCCGCAGUUCAAGGUGCUUGGUCAUCGACAACGCGCUAUGGAAAUCUCCCUUACGACAGGAAAUUAUUCAAGACUGGCAUGUGAGAUCCAAUUUGUGCGUUCAAUGGGAUAUUAUUUAAUUCAAAUUUACAUUCCAUCGGGUCUCAUUGUAAUCAUAUCAUGGGUUUCAUUUUGGUUGAAUCGCAACGCGACCCCUGCACGUGUAGCAUUAGGUGUGACUACGGUGUUGACGAUGACAACUCUUAUGUCCUCGACAAAUGCAGCUCUACCAAAGAUUUCAUACGUUAAAUCCAUUGAUGUGUAUCUGGGCACCUGCUUCGUUAUGGUCUUCGCCAGUUUAUUAGAAUAUGCUACGGUGGGAUAUAUGGCUAAGAGAAUUCAGAUGAGAAAGCAAAGAUUUAUGACAAUUCAAAAAAUUGCUUCUGAGAAGAAAAUGCCAGUAGAUUGUCCGCCUGUCGAUGCGCAUACACUUUCUAAAAUGAAUACAAUUGGUAGAUGUCCACCUGGACGACCAUCGGAAGUGCGGUUUAAAGUCCACGAUCCCAAGGUGCAUUCAAAAGGAGGUAUUUUAGAAAACACAAUCAACGGUGGAAGAAACUCUGAGGACGAUCCUUCGGCGCCGCCUCCACAGCUGAUACAGCCUGGAAAGGAUAUCAGCAAGUUACUCGGAAUGACGCCCUCAGACAUCGACAAAUACUCGCGCAUCGUGUUCCCGGUGUGUUUCGUCUGCUUCAAUCUUAUGUAUUGGAUCAUUUACCUUCACGUAUCUGACGUCGUGGCUGACGAUCUGGUUCUUCUGGAAGAAGAUAAAUAGAGGGUUCUCAAAGUACCACUUAUUUUUCCACUCAUUAUAAUGAAUAAUAAUUUGAAACGCGAAACGCUCAGACUUAUCAGCGAUUAAGUAGAAUAUUCGGUAGUUGUUUAUCAUUAAAACGAAACGAAAAUGAAUUUGUAGACAUAAACGCGUUUAGCUUAGAUGCUAGAAUAUCGCUAAUAAUGUAUUUGUAUAUACUAAAAGACUUGAUCGAUACGAAUAGUAAAGAAUAGUUCUAACAAUAAGAAUUAGUCGUUCUCUUGUAAAGUCUGAAGGAUAAGCGACUGAAUAGACGUGUCUGGUUUUGUUAAAGGCCUAUUCGGAGAAGAAAUUUACGUUUGGACAGCAAUUUAUUGGUUAUAGUAUGAGAUUAUAGGAAGCAAAGGUUUGAAUUUUGUAUGGAUUUAUAAUUGGUUUCAAAUUAUUAUUACGUGGCAAAAUGAGUGGACGUACUUGUUUUCCGCUUUGGAAAUUAUUCUAAUGCUCAAACUUUCUGCUUGAAAACUCAUUAGUUUAUUAAAUGUGUUAAACAUAAAAAAAAAUGUUUAUUGUUUGCAAGUUGUAUUCAUGUUAUGAUGUUAGAUUUUUAUUUUAAAUGUAGUGGCAAAUAUCAUCUUGUUUAUAAAUAUAAUAUUUUAUAGAUUUAA